CUCUGUCUAUCUGUCUAUAUAUAGCCGAAGCGGUGCAAGAGCUCUGAACCAGCAAUGGCGAGCCAAGAAUCGUCGCUCGAGCCAUGGAACCAUUUGGGCGGCAAGGUCGUCAUGGUCACCGGCGCUUCGUCAGGCAUCGGCCGAGAGUUGUGUCUCGACCUAGCCAGAGCCGGCUGCAGGAUAGUGGCGGCGGCUCGCCGGACGGAUAGGCUUGAGUCCCUCUGCCUCGAGAUUAACAAGCGGAGCCGCCUCGCUGCCUCCGUGGAGCUCGACGUGAGCGCCGACGGGCCGGCCAUCGAGGCCGCCGUGGAGAGGGCUUGGAACUUGUUUGGUACCAUUGAUGUUCUCGUCAAUAACGCUGGAUUUAGAGGCAGCGUGACAUCUUCAUUGGAUCUGUCCGAGGAGGAAUGGAAUAAUGCUAUGAAAACGAACCUGAAAGGGACAUGGUUGGUCUCAAAGUACUUGGGAUUACAUUUAUGUGCUGCUAACAAGGGAGGAUCAAUUGUCAAUAUUUCCUCUAUUGCUGGUCUUAACCGCGGGCACUUACCAGGAAGCGUUGCAUAUAGUAGUUCAAAGGCAGGCCUAAACACCCUGACAAAGAUGAUGGCAGUAGAACUUGGGGCGCACAAAAUCAGAGUGAACUCGAUUUCUCCCGGGCUCUUCAAAUCUGAGAUCACCGAGGGCCUGAUGCAGAAAGACUGGUUACAGAAGAUCGCGCUGAAAACGGUCCCUCUGAGAGCCUUUGGAACAUCGGAUCCAGCCCUGACGUCGCUCGUCAGAUACUUAAUCCAUGACUCCUCAGAGUAUGUGACCGGCAACAUCUUCAUCGUCGAUGCAGGCGCGACCUUACCGGGUGUCCCGAUCUUCUCUUCCCUUUGAACCAACUUUGCACUGAAACUAAAAUUCAUUGAAUUUGUUAUUUGAUUGAUUGGGGAGAGAUCUGAAACGAGUUAUGGCGUGGUAUUGAAUAUGCUUUAGCACAGUAGGAAGAAUGAAGAAAAUGUUUCUCAUAAUAAGAUCUCUCUCAAUCUAACGGCGAUUAAAUUCCCUCACUUCAACUGUGAGUAACUACAAACUUAAACCAAUAAUUUAGAGUGCUUUUGGAUCAAUACAAUUAUGUAGUGUUUAUUUGAUAUUUUUCAAAUAUGUUUAUCUCUCUCUUCUUUAAAUAAUUAUUUAAAUAAACAGAGACGGCUGCAGGUCAA